AUGGCGAACGACCCCAUGCGAGUGAAGCUGGAGCAGCUUGACGCUCUUUCGGGAGAAGCCGAGAACGACCCGGCGAAGUUCGGGCGGCUUCUGAACACCGCUAUGAGGGCGGGGGCUGCUGCUGGCGGAGACACUCAGCAGACGGAGGCCACGAUCGACGCGCAAGAGGAGCAGGACCUGAUGAAAGAACUCGAGUCUCAGCUCUACGGCUGCGAGAUGGACAUCUCCUCCCAGGACGCCCAGCCGACCCAGUACGAUCUGCCACCUGCUGACUUGCAGACAGAAGGUACAAAGGAUGGCUUUGAUGCCACGUUGGAGCAUCUCAUGCGUGAGGUCGGGCUCGAGGAACGCGAGGAUGAUGCGAUCAGAAAAUCUCCAAAGCGAGAGCUUGAAAUUGAUUUUGCCAGGGUCGCCAAGGAACUGGAGGAUGAAACCAUGUUGGCCAAGGAACAUGAGGAAGCUGAGAAAGCCAGCAGAAUGGCGAAGGAAAGGGAGGAAACUGAGAAAGCAAGGUUGGCCAAGGAAAAGGAAGAAGCUGAGAAAGUAAGCAAAAUGAUCAAGCAAAUGGAGGAAGCUGAGAAAGGCAGGUUGGCCAAGGAAAGCGAGGAAGCCGAGAAAGCCAUCAGAAUGGCCAAGGAAAUGGAGCAAGCCAAGCUGGCCAAGGAAAGGGAGGAAACUGAGAAAGCCAGGAUGGCCAAGGAAAUGGAGGAAGCCAAACUGGCCAAGGAAAGGGAGGAAGCUGAGAAAGUCAGGAUGGCCAAGGAAAUGGAGGAAGCCAAGCUGGCCAAGGAAAGGGAGGAAGCUGAGAAAGCCAGGAUGGCCAAGGAAAGGGAGGAAGCCGAGAAAGCCAUCAGAAUGGCGAAGGAAAGGGAGGAAGCCAAGCUGGCCAAGGAAAGGGAGGAAACUGAGAAAGCCAGGAUGGCCAAGGAAAUGGAGGAAGCCAAGCUGGCCAAGGAAAGGGAGGAAGCUGAGAAAGCCAGGAUGGCCAAGGAAAGGGAGGAAGCUGAUAAUGCCAGGUUGGCCAAGGAAAGGGAACAGUUCAGGCUGGCAAGAUUGGCCAAGGACAAGGAGGAGGCCGAACAUAUGAGAUCGGCCAAGGACAAGGCCAAGGAAAAGGAAGUCGACAUGGCAACACAGGCGGCAAAAAAAUACCAGGCUUUGCCGAUGAACGCGACAAAGUUGCAAAAGCUACAGCUCUUGCAGGACAUUAUGGCUACUGGGGAUGAGGGUUGCAAGCAGUUCUGCAAGGAUGAGCUUGCAAAACUGAUCAAGCCGAAGGCAGCAACGCCAGCUCCGGCCCCUACCAGUGAUGCCGAUCCUCCGGCCCCUACCACAACGGGUGCCGAUCCUCCGGCCCCUACCACCAGGGGUGCCGAUCCUCCGGCCGCUACCACCAGGGGUGCCGAUCCUCCGGCCCCUACCACCAGGGGUGCCGUUCCUCCGGCCCCUAAUGCCCCGACCUUUGAUGAUGUCAGUGCGAAGAUGGGUUGGUCAAGUCCUGCAACCCCACGCAUGGUGGAGGCACCUGGUACGCCAUCUCCUGCAACGCCUGGCAGUGCAAUCACAACGCCUGGCAGUGCAAAAACAACGCCUGGCAGUGCAAGCGACGGCUUGGUCCAAGGUUCUGCGCCACUCUACAACCGAAAGAACGCCGCCAUGUUCUUGAAUCGCCUGAAAGGCAACCCAAAGAGGAUGCAAGCCUUGCCUGAUGACUUGGCAAAGUUGGUGCGGGACGAAGAUUCAAAGAGCAAAGCCAUCGACUUGAUCGUCGCUGCAGGAGGAGACGAAAAUGAGCUGGUCGGGCAGUGGACUGCAUCGUCCAUUUCUGUGGGGACGGACAAGGAAAAGGGAAAGAUGAAACCUUUGACGGAACAGGAAUUGAUCGGCAAGUACGGUGCGGUCAAUGCUGCGAAGGUGAUGGAGGAAAAAAGGAAGGCUGGUUUGGAGGUUGAUGAUCCCAAUUGUAAAGGGCUCAAGCUUUACUUGCACAACGAGUGGCAGAGGGAAUGGACGAGAGGCACAGAAGAACGAAGCAGUUUCACUGCUUCCGGAGAAGUUCGUGCGGGUGACGCUGCCAACGUUGCACAAAUUCUCAGUGUGCCCCGGCGGGCGCUGACAGGGCCCGGCCAGGAUGAUGAGGACAAUGUGGACAUGGAGGAGGACCCAAAGCCACUUCCGACCAAAAAACCAAAGAAAGCCAGGAAAAAUGAAGCCAGCGGCAAAGAGAAAGACGAAGACGGUGAAACUGAGCCGGAAGCACCACGAGUGGAGAAACUUACACCGCUGGACAAGGAGAUGACCAACUUCGAGCAGGAGGUCCAGGCGAUCUACGACCAGGUGGACAAGCUCAUCUCUGAGCUGGUCCACGAUGAUGGGGUUUAUCUUCCCACUGCUACCAGAUAUCUCGAUAUCGCGAAGCGUUAUGAGAGGCCCAGCAAGGUAGCAAACAGCUUGAUCCGAGCUGCGAAGGCGACUCCGAAGGAUCCAACCGCGCCCAAAGGAUCGGCUAAAGCCAAGUCCAAGAAGCGCAAAGCCGCGGAGGGAGCCUAG